AACCACCAAUGGCUGUUAUCCGUAAAGUGUUUCCUUGAUCUCAAGUCUCUUCAUAGACCUGCCGUUAAUGCGCCACUUUCUUGCCUCGGCGGGGUCCGUUUUCCGCACAUAUGCGACAGGUAGCAGCUCUUCACGAACAAGGCUUGGGCCGACGUUGAGCUUGGAGCAUUUUGUCCAAAGGUCUCGGGCUUUGGCAUUAUACAGACAUAUCCUCCGCGCAACUCGACGCAUUGCGGACCCGUCCACCCGAGCUGACACCCGCCGUUUUGCACGGCAAGAGUUUGAGAGAAACCGAGGGGUGACUGAUCUUGACCACAUCCGCUAUCUCCUCUCCACGGGCAAGACAGAAUGGGAGAGCAUGGAAAGGUAUAUUGACGGUCUGUAAAGCUAAAGAGACAAUUUUACCUUGCCCUCCGUGACCUUUCUCUCGUACUGUGCACGACCCUCUCAUAUCUGGGUUCUGUGCCUCUCCUCAUGUAGACUCCCCUCCCAACUUCGGGUAUAUCGUACAAUCAUCCAUC